AUGGCUUCAGAAAACUGGGAAGCAGUCGUGGAUGACGAGGGGAGAACGUACUACUACAAUACCGUUACACAAGAAACUAGCUGGACGAAUCCAGCUGUGGAGAGUAGUGGAUGGAAAGCAUAUAAAACCGAUGAAGGAAAAGAAUAUUAUUACAAUGAAAGCACAGGAGAAACAACUUGGGAGACUCCAGAUGAGUUGAAAGACGAUAAGUCUAAGAGUGCUACAACCGAAGAAGAAAAUAUUGGGAAUGAUAGUGCUCCAGAAGAAGUUGAACUUAAAAAGGAAGAUGAUAACAUAGAGUCGAAUGAAACAGAAAUAGAUUCUGAACUUUCCAAACAAUCUGUAUCUGGUGGGGAUCUAAUUGAUGGCGAACUAAAAUUCAAUAACAGCAAGGAAUCAGAAGAUGCAUUCAAACAACUUUUGAAAACAACUGGUGUGGAUUCAACUUGGUCAUUCCAAUCAGUGAUCUCAAAACUUAUAGAAAACCCCAUCUAUUGGUCUGUACCGGAUGCAUUACAAAGGAAGAAUUUGUACGAAGAGUAUUUGGUGGAGAAGACAAAGCAAGAACUUUCCAAUAAGUCAGCAGUAGUGGAUACUUUCAAAGAAAACUUUGAGAACUUAUUGAAUUCGUAUAAAAAGGACGGAUAUAUCAAGUAUAAUACCAGAUGGUCAAGCGUUAAAGACAGAUUGAUAGAGGAAGAUAAUCCAAUCUAUAAGCAUUCUAUUGUAUCCGAUCAAGAAAUAGCACAGAUAUACCACACAUAUACCGAUACACUCAAGAAAGAAUACGAAUCUGGUCAAGAUGAAUUAAGACAACAGGCUCUUAAGGAGUUAGAAUCAUAUUUAGUUGAAAUCAACCCUAACUUGGUGGAAGAAAGUGAAAACUGGGAGGCCCUUUAUGAUAGUUUAAACCAUGACUCUAGAUUUAAAGCCAAUAAGCAUUUCAGUAUUCUCACUCAACUUGAUAUCCUUAAUCUUUACAAGAAUAAAAUAUACCCAAAGAUUCUUCAGAAAUUAAAGGACAAGAUUCUGGACAUUGAAAAGAUAAAUUAUCGUUCCGAUAGAGUUGCUAGAACACAAUUUAAACGGUUCUUACGUACUUUGAACAUCAACGCCAACACAUUAUUCAAAGACAUAUUCGGUUUGUUGGAGGGAGAUGACAGUUUCUUUGAGAUUUGUGGCAGAAAUGGAUCCAGUCCUUUAGAAUUAUUGUGGGACAUAGUUGAUGAAAAGUAUCAAACCAUGAAAUUAAAGAAAGAUUUGGUUGAGAAUGCAAUCAAUGAAUUUAAGCGGAGAGGAGCCAUAGAUGACUACAAAUCCAUUCUUUCCAGUAAGGAGAAGUUUAGAAACACACUUGGUAACUUGAAGCACGAUCUGUUGACAGGAUUUAAUUUCCAAGAAGAAGGAAGCACUGAAUUGGAUGAAAUCUAUGAAAGUUUGAGAAGAGAUUUGGAAUUGAGAGAGGAACAAUUCAAUAAAAAUAUAAACUCUAUGGUCGGUACAUGUGGAGAUUGGUUAGUGAGUGAUUACAUUCCAAAUGGAAACGAUGGAAAUGACCCAGUGAUAAAGAUUAUUACUGAGGAGGAAGAAGAAAGAGGCUUAAAGGAAUCUGAGGGAAUAAUUAUAAUUAUAAAGACAACCGGGAGUCCAAGUAUACACAAAUUAAGAAAUGAUAUCGAGGAUUUAGAAAUAUCUAAUUUAAUAUCCACUAUCAAGAAUUCACAUCCUUUCAAAAAUCUAUACAAUUUAUUAUCUGAAAACGUUAGUAAUGGAUAUUUUGGCACUGAUAUAGAAGAUAAGUAUAGUUCAUGUGUGAGAUUAUCCGUUGGAAAAUUAAUUGAAAAAUUAAAUAAGAAGGCAGUUUCCAAAGUUCAAGAAGGAUCCGCACCGGAAAAUCCAAAGAAAAGAAGAUUAGAAGAUGAAACUUCUGAAACCAAUCCUAUAAAGCAAACGAAGCGGGUACUUCUUAAUUAUUAA